GUAUCCCAUCCCAAUAAUAAUGAGAAGAAGUACCUGUUCAAAGCCUAAAAUUCUUAAUAAUAUCAAGCCUCUUGCUAAAUAUAAUAACACUACUUCAAAUCGAAGUUCUAAAGGUCAAAGCUCUGAUAGUCAAACUGUACAAGGACCAAAUCCUAAACGCUGUAAAAUGAAAGUGUCGAAUGUUGAGGAAUUGGGUAAACUUAGUUUAGUUUUUUAUGAAUAUAAUAUAUGUAAUACAAAAGAAGAUAACGAAGAUGAUGAUUCCCUUUUUAAAAAUCCUGAUCCAAAUAUGUACCAAGAAAUAAAUGAAUCUGACGAUAUUACGCAAAAUUCUACUCAAAGAUAUCAAAAAUUCGCAACACCGAUUUUAUCAACUUCACAAAAUGCAAACAAUUCCCAAUUGAAUAUUUCAACAAAUCAAGCAAUAUCGGAAAUGUUGGCGACUUUAAUCAAUGAAACAAAGAUUAUGUUUUUGAGAGCCCAUGAUCCUCCAUUUUCUGCAUAUAUCACAUUGGCAAAAAUGGUGGCCCCUGGAUUUGUUGAAACUAGUAAAACAAUUUCCUUUCUUAGAUCAAAAAUAUGCAAGUUUUAUUUCAAUUCUUAUAAAUAUAUAACCAUAAGUCGUUUAAUAGAUUGUUGGUUUAUUAGGAUUACUAUGGAUAGUAUACCAAGUAUUGAUGACUUGGGAUCAUAUGUAGAUGAUACAGUUAUUUUUCAAUGUCUUAAGAAUCCAAUGGCACAAGUUAAUGAAGAAUGGUAG